AUGGCCACUACAACAUUCAUCUUUGCAGGUGUGGAAUUUGUUCCUAAUAACUAUGCAGCCAUCCUUGACACUGCUGAGGCCCCAAGAGAUUAUCAUCCCUUUCAGCGAUUCUUGGCACAGAGUGUCAUCGAAACUGCACAAGUUGCAAACUCUGAACCUACUCCAACAACAGUCUCUGAACCUGUUCACACCAGUCCUCAGAAGACAGCCAGAUUCAAAAGAAGGGCACACAAGCCACAGAGGGCCAAGAUUCCAGAAUCUGAAAUUACUGAUUUCACUAUCCAAGAAGAGCAAGCACCAUCAAGCUCAAUUCCUGAUGAUCCUUCUCAAGCUCUGAUGGUGGAACCCAUUCAAGCUGUUCCUCUGAUAUCUCCUACAGUAUCUCCUACAACAUCUCCUAAAGCAACUCCUACAGCAUCUGCAGUAGAUAAAGAAAUAGAGUGUGAUGCACAAGCUACAUCUGAAGCUGGAGCAACUCAGUCUGAUUGUCAAACUCCACUAUCUGAUCAUGGUCAAAUUCCUCAAUCUCCAAUGAAAAUUCCAGAGGAUGCCAUUGUUCAUGAUACAGCUCCAGAGAACUACAGGUCUGAUGUAGUUGAUGAAACUGACCAAGUAGCUGUGGAAGCUUUACAAACUCUUGCUCAGACUGGUGAAGAGCCCAUCAAGUCACAGUCUGAAGAUAAAGGAAAAUCUGCUCAGGAAAAUGUAGAGAAAGUUGCUGAUCCUGUUCCUGAAGAUGAAAAAGCAAACUCUGAUACUGAGGAUGAUACCAGUUCAGACUCUGACAAGGAUGACAAUACUGAAAUCCCUUUGACACAACAGAAAUGGGAGUCUACUAGCCAGUUCAAUGCAAGAUUGUGA